CCGCCGCCUCAACCCUACGCAGCAGCACCUAGCCCGUAUACGCCACACCAGGGUAUCUAUUUGCAGUACGCUGGAACGACGAUGGGAGGCGCCACAGGCGCGCGUGUUCCAACAGCGGCGUCGCCAGCCAACACCGCGUCUUCAUCGUCCUCUAACACGGGCUCGGCUGGAGGCACACGUUCCACCAGUCUCAGCACUGCGCCGCCACCACCCGCCUCUUCUGCUUCCACUACCGGGGCCGCCGGCGAACAACUCAGCCGCACCAACCUGUACAUCCGUGGCCUUAGCCAAAAUACCACGGAUAAAGACCUGGUGCAGAUGUGCCAGAUGUAUGGCAAUAUUAUUUCAACAAAAGCAAUAUUGGAUAAAAAUACGAAUAAAUGUAAAGGUUACGGUUUUGUAGAUUUUGAAACGAUCGCGUCAGCCGAAGCUGCAGUGAAAGGAUUACAAGCCAAAGGUGUUCAGGCCCAGAUGGCUAAAGUGGGUAUCUGGUUCCUGCGUAGACUGAACCGUCAACAAGAGCAGGAUCCCACCAACUUAUACAUGGCGAACUUGCCGCCACAUUUCAAGGAGAAUGAUGUGGACCAACUGCUCGCGAAGUUUGGGCAAGUUGUAUCGACGAGGAUCCUGCGUGACACUCAUGGUCAUAGCAAAGGAGUCGGCUUCGCAAGAAUGGAGUCGAGAGAAAAAUGCGAACAAAUUAUUCAAAUGUUUAAUGGUAACGCAAUACCCGGUGCCAAGGAGCCUCUACUAGUGAAGUUUGCGGAUGGAGGCAAUAAGAAAAAGGCGUUAUACAACAAACAGAACGAAAAUAACGGCAGAGCGUGGCGUGAUAACAAUGAAUCCAUUACGCAGGUCAUAAUGAUGUGUGCGCAGGCGAUGAGCGCAGGCGGCGUGUAUGCGGGCGGCGUUGGUGGCGCGGGAGCCGGUGGCGAGUGUGCCGGCGUGUACCGCGGCGGCGCCGGCGUGUACAGCGUCACGGCGUUCCACCACCCCCAGCUGCAUCAUCACCACCAUGCUGCGCACCCCACCGCUUGGCUGGCGCCAUACCCAGCGCUGAUACCCUCCGCACACCCCGCGCAUCACGCCGCACAUGCAGCCCACCCGGCUCAUAUACCUAUCGACUCCGUGCCUAGCCAAUACGUAAACUGGGACAGCUUAAGGCCGGAAAGUGAAUUAUACUACUUCCCGUCGCAUCCGUACCAAUACUUCCCGGGUCCGACGCCACCCAUCAUCCAGAUGCCGAUGGAGAGCGAGCAUGCGUCGACGGCGGCGUCACCCGACGAGGCCUACCAAACUUACCCGCCUCCCAAGUAGACCAUAAGCCACACUGCUACAAUCCGUGCUGUACACGAGCCAAAAAUCAAAGUAACUGUAACUACAAUGUUAAUUUGUUUUAAUUUUAAUUUGCGGCCGUUAUAGACUUCAUCGAAAGCUCCGUUGGUGCGACCCGCGUUCGCCCGCGUCUCCUAGCUACUAAGCCUAAUUGUACUUUGUGAUUAUCGCCUCAACUAUUUAUUUUGAGUGAGCUUCGUUUCAGAUCCUCUUAGUUUACGCUGGAUGUUCGAUUCGCUGUGAUGUUUUGAUGAGGUCUUUUGACGGUUCGGGGAGAGGAUAUAGAUAGAUAUAGAUUACAAUCUGCAAUUUUAAAUGUGUUUUUACAUUAUUAUUUUAUUAUUGUUUUAUGCAAAAUAAAUUUAAGAUGUUAGAGACAGGAUUGGAGAUAUGGACAAGAUUAUUUAAGCUAGUUAGUUAUUUAUUUUAGUAUAAUAUAAUUUCAUUACAGAAAUUAAAAUAUAGCCUCGUCCUCCGGAUGGGAAAUAUUGACAAAAUUUUACUUCUCAUCAGUGUCAUAAUUAAAACUAUAAGAAACCUGAACAUUAAUUGAACAGAUUGAACAUAUUGAACAAAAAAAAUGUGCAAGAAACGCUCAGAAUCUUGUAAAUACGAGUAUAUUAAAUAUCUUCAAAAAUGUCCUUAAUGGCAAAAACAUUUGUCUUCAACAUCUGCCAUAACAAGGAAAGCAAUAUCUAUAAGAGUCGGAUAGGUGGAAAUGGUCAUAUCAUGUGGAAUCAAAGAUUUAUUAUAACAAAUUUCUAAAGAGUAAUGAAAUAUGAUUUAUCGUGUAAAGGUUAGGAAAGAUGGUUUAGCGUAUCGGGUAGGUCUUGUACGAUGAAUAUAUUAUCACGGGGAUUUAGAAUCUUCCGUUAACGUAUUUUUAAAAUACAAACGAAAGAGAAACUAUAUUGUCAUGUUAUAGACAGUGCGCAGCUUUGCGAAGGGGAAUGUCAACCAUUACCAUUUUCUACGACAUUCGUAAUUCGGCAUGGCUGCUACUUCCACUUGUUGGUCGUGAAUUAUGUUGUAUAUGUAUGUAUGUUUAAAAUGUGUUUGGCAUGGUGCUUUAAUAUUUUAUUUCAAAAAAAUGGUACUAUAAUACGUAUACAGUAUUAGCUAUUUUAAUACUUUCAAACCUACAAUUUUGCCGGCGUAGGUUCUCAACAUUCGUAUGUUUUAAUAAUUAUAAUUUAAACAAAUUGUUCAUAUUAUAUAUUUAAAAUAUCAUUAAAAUUAUAUUGUGCCUGGACAUCAUGGCUCAUCGAGUCACUUAGCUAUCACUCAGCAUCUCUGAUGGUGUCAAAAGAAUUUACUCAAAUAUUGUGUAAAUUCUUUUUUUUACUGUAACAUAACAAUGAAAUGUUAUUUUCGUCUAAACAUCACAAUUAGCUUAGGUCUUCUCCGCUAGAUUUUAUUACUAAUACAAGAAAGCAAUACACAGAAACUUCAAAAACUAAUAUCGUUGCCAAACCCAAAACAGACUGAACUUAUGUAUACCUACUGUUUCACAUGUUUAUUUUCAUUGAACUCUUACUCCUGCAUAUAUAAUUAGUGUAUGUAGGUGCAUACUAUCCACAGCAACAGUAAUAAGGACAUGGACAGAUUGAUCGGUCAACCGCCAGCGUUCCGUCGCUGUUCGGUUAGAAAGUUGAGUGAUGACGUCUGCGCUUGUAGGCACAAAAGUGCUGUAAUAUGGCAACAUUUAGCAAUAAGCAGUUGUAUGUAAAGUCUAUUUAUACAAUUUACGAGUCUAUACAAAUUUUUGUACGUUGAAAACUCAUGUUGAAUACGUGAAUAAAGAAGUGAUCCUUUUUUGAGAAUCAUGUACUGAAUCAACUGUAGUAGUUAUUUUGUAGGCGGUCGGCACAUUCCACUAGAAAGAAAAACUUCAAACAAAAAUUCCACGAUUGAUUUCCACAUUAUACAUUGUAAUGGAUUUGAAAUCCGAAGUGUAUUAACACCUUUUUGGUGUAAAAUAACACUUUUUGUACCAUCACGUAGGUUUUGGGUACACUUUAUGACUUUAUAUAAAAUUUGAUAUUUUUAUAUUGAAUAUAUAUAAAUUAUACAUGGAUAUGUAUACAUGUAUAUACAUUGUUGAUGGGUACGAGUAAAAACCUACUAUAUCGCAACUGUUUAAUUCUAUUUUGGCACGUCAGAGUUUCAUCAGAACCAAAGUAUACAAAUCAUUAAAGUCGAGUAAGAAGUAGGAAAAUAUUUAUACAACUCAGGGACUGAAGACUAGUUAAAUGUUUGAUAUAUUAACUGUAUUUUAACUGACGAUUAAGCGGUAAUCACUCCUCUUUAUUCAAAACCUGUGUACAUACUGAAUAUCACAAUACAUAAAAUAUGAAUAGCAAACGACAGGUUUUGAAUGAAUAAAGUAGAUUUUGAAUGAAUAAGUAGAUCUGUAUCUGUUUUUCUUUUUGUUUUAUUUUCAGUCAUGAAAAGGCUGUUAAAUCUUACUAUUGUUAAAUGAAUUAUUUUUUGACUUGUACAUAAUUUAGCUCGUGAAAUUGUCACUAAUUUAUGUAAAAAAGUUUCACGUAGAGGCACUACAAUGUAAUGUCCAGUACUUAACAGUAACAACAGCAAAUUGCAAGCACAUAGCUCCAUAGACUAGCUGACUGCCUGAACAUUUGAUUGAAACAAGUCAACGGCGCAUCGGUUCUUGAUCAAGCUAUACUCACGUCACAAAGGCUAAAGAAAAGUGAGAUUUUUAUUAGUAUAACGUUUGAUGUAACGUAAUGAACCAUAAUACUCCGUAGAUCAGUAUUAUUCUUGCAUAAUUUCUGAUCAAGCCAAAUUAAUUGAACUGAUUAUAAACCGCCUUUACUUCUUGUGAAAUAUGAAUAACCAUGAAGUGCAAUGUAGUACCGAGUGUUGCGUGGUACUUAGUUAAGUAAUUUGAUCGUUUAGUGUUCGACGUACACUGUGGCUUCCUGUAAAAAACAGUCUUCCGAUAGAUAUUUCCGGUGAACUUUUUGCAUUUAAACCAGUAUAUUUAAACAUUAUUUAUUUCACUCAUGAAUAUGUGUACACCCAAUUAUUGUUCGUGUCGUUUUAGAACCAACCAUAGUUGUCCCAUUCUCUAAGAGAAAUAUUAUUUUCAUUCCAAUACUAAUCGUUGUUCCUUUAUAUAUAUUAAAGCAAAUAAUUAGAAUAAACACACCAACUUAAGUGACUUGUAACAUAGCGUGGCACCAACCCUAUAGUAUAAAAAUAACCGACAAGAGCGAUAAUAAUUUAGCAUGAAAUUAUUUUUCUAAUGCUUUCCUUCCAUUUUAAGCAAUAAAAUUAAUUUGAUGGUAGUGCCUUCAGCUUUCUUUGUAAAAUAAUGAUCAGAUGAAAUACAAUAUAGCAGUUGCAUGUGCUUUAUUACACGAUAUUUUUACAGGUAAUAGUAAACUUACCGUAUUCAUAAACGUAGCGAUAAUGUAAAAACUAUGUUUAAAAUAUUUUAUAACAACUAAAACAAGAUAAUGUGGCUGUCUAAUCGUUGCAUUUUUCACACAUGAUAAAAAAUAUUAAGUGGAUAGUAAAUCGUAGAUGUUCCUAACUCACUUCAGCGUUCUUUGCAUGUGUGAUAUAAACGAACUCUUUGAGAUUACGGACGAUGAUUUGUUAAUAGUGAGCACUGCGAAUAAAAGAAAGCACAAAACGAUGCAUGUCGGAGAACCAAUUCUUAAUACCAAAAUUGAUUCAACUAAAAAUCACGUCGAUGAUUAUAAUUGAAGUGUUAAGUAAAUGUUAUGUAAUAAGUCGUUAAAUAUAAGAGGACGGUCGACUGGUUUUGAAUCGAUCAAUGAAUAAUGAAGCUAUAGGAACGGCGACAAAUGAUGGCUAGUUUGUAGACAUUAGGCUUAACUAUAGAUAGGAUAGAAUAGAAAAAAAUAAGUUAGAUAGUAUAGAACUCUAGAUUAAUAUAUUUGGAGUGCAUGCGCGGCGCGUGCGAGCCACAUGCCGGCUCUAGGGUAGUUUCCUUUGUUAGUUUAUUAAAUAAUUUACUUUGAAUGGACUGAAGCCGGCUCGAGGCGCGCACACUCCGUGUCCACACUAGCGAUUAAGAAAAAACUAAGGAAUUUAGUAAACACUUUCUUGAGAUAAGUUUCAGUUUACGAGUUUGCUUUCACCUCUUUUGUUAUAUAGUUGACUAAGUGUAAAGAAAGAAGAGUAAAAAAUCUGUCUGAGGUGUCGAUACGAAUGUAUUUGUCCAAUUUGUGUAUUAUUAUAGUGUGGUGUUUUACCCAAAAAACUAGUCUAGACUGUAGAAUAGUUUAGAUAAAAAUUUAGUUAGAUAGUUUAGAAAUACGAAAUAAAAAAUAAAACUUCAUAAAAUGUAAAAAAAAUGAAAUGAAAUUGUUAGUAAGAAAGAAUAUUUUUAAGGGACAUGUUGCUUCGUUGUGUUAUGAUGUGAGAUUUGGCAUAACUAUGAUAAUAGUGUACAAGCAUUUCUCGCAGAGAAAAGACAUAGGGGAAAGUUAUUGUAUCUAUUUUGUUACAAAGUGUUUGCAAGUUUCUAUUUGUGCUAUGAGCAUUUUAUGUGACCGGCAUUAUUUAUAGUUAUGCUGAAUGGAUACUAAAAUAAUAUAUAAAAAAAUGGUACUAAGAAGCAUGUUUUAUUGUGACGAGUCAUGUUCCUUUGCAUUGAACAUAUUUUGUAACAGCAAAUGAUUGAAAUAAAACAAGCGAAACCAAAUUUA